AUGGCGAAUGAAGGGAGCGUAUCCAAUGGCAUUGGCAGCGACGAACCAAUAAAGUGGCGCCACGAUGUUUUUCUGUGUUUUAGAGGGGAAGACACGCGCCACUGCUUCACAGGUAAUCUCUACGACGCUUUGCGGCAGGCUCGAUUCAGAACCUUCAUGGAUGAUGGUGAGUUGAAGGGUGGCGACCAAAUCUCAAGCACCCUUCUUCAAGCAUUGCAGGCAUCGAGGAUUUCAAUUGUUGUUCUCUCCCGACACUUCGCGCAUUCCACUUGGUGCCUUGAUGACCUUGUCAAGAUUCUCGAGUGUAAGAACAUUAAGAACCAAGUCGUUUUGCCAAUCUUUUACAAAGUCGACCCCUCCGAUAUAAGAAAUCAGCGAAAUGAUUAUCGUGAUGCCCUUCAUCGACAUGAAGAAAGGUUCAAAAAGGACUCUGACAAAGUAAGCAAGUGGGCCUUAGCUUUGUCUGAAAUCGCCAGCCUCAGAGGAUUCCAUUUCCAAGAAGGCGGGUGUGAGUAUGAAUUCCAAUUCAUCGAAAAUAUCGUAGAUUGGGUCACCAAAACCGUACAACGCUACGAUGUUUUUCUGAGUUUUAGUGGAGAAGAUACACGCUACACCUUUACAGGAUAUCUUUAUAAUGCUUUGCGCCGGGGAGGAUUCAAAACCUUCAUGAAUGAUGGAGACCAUUUAUCACAAUCCAUUACUGAAGCAAUUGAAAAAUCAAGGCUUUCAAUCAUUGUAUUUUCCGAAAAAUAUGCAUAUUCCUCGUCUUGUCUCGAUGAACUUGUGACCAUCCUUGAAUGUAUGAAGAUGAAAAACCAACUAGUUUGGCCCAUCUUUUACAAAGUGGAACCCAGUGAUUUAAGACAUCAAAGAAACAGUUAUGGUGAAGCCAUGACUAAACAUGAAAAUGAGUUGGGUAAGGAUUCUGAGGAGGUGCAUAAAUGGAGGUCAGCUUUGUUUGAAGUCGCUAACUUGAAAGGAUGGCACUUGAAAACCGGGUACGAAUAUGAAUUUAUUGACAAAAUUGUGGAAAUGGCCAUUAAAAUUUAA